AAUUUUGUCACUCGCGCCCGUCAGCUUCAAGACGAGGCUCCAAAAUCCAAAUCCCUCCCCUCUCUCUUCCUCCACAAUAAAACAAAUCCUCAUUCUAUCUCCGAUUCCACUUCUCGCCCUCUCCGCCCCCCCCCCCCCCCCCCUCAUCAUCUCUCCAUGGCUGACUCCGUCCCUUCGAUCCCUAGCCCUAACUCUGCUACUAUUCUUCCUCUUUUACCACCACCGCCGCCCCCGCCGCCAUCAUGCCAUCCUUCCGACCAGAGCCCCGCCGGUGGCGGCCGAUUCUCGUCGUUUCGCUGCCCGGCUACGCGGGUGACGUCUGAAUUCGACAGCGACAGCUCCGUGUUCCUCCACAAGGUCUCCUGCAAGCUCUUCGACAACCUGGCCAAGCUCAAAUUCUCCUUCCAGAACGACCGUGGUGGCCAGAUCGCCUACCCCCAGCUCGGUUUCCUCACCAAGCACUUUGGUGUCCUCUACGACCUCGAGUCCCGCAAUGCUCGUCUUAAUGGGUCCUUCGAUAUCGCCAACUUCUUGCAAGUCCGCGCCACCCACGAUGUCAAGACUGGUCAUAGUGGAGAGCCAAACUCUAUUCAUAUAGGCUUAUCAGCACAGUCUUUAUCUGUUUCAUGCACAUGUGAAAAUAACGAGUCUAUUGUUUCUUGCUUCCGUUUUGGUAGUGCCUUCCUAUUCAAGUAUCAUUAUAAAAAGGAGCAACAAGGAGAAGUUGCAAUCACAACAAGCAUGUCAAAUCCAUCAUAUAAACUGGAAAUUUCUUCUUCAGUUCCAUCUGCUGGUCUGCCAAAAACAACUGUCCACUUCCCCCUUGGUGAAGUUUCAGUGGAGAGGAAAGACCAGGAAACUGAGAAAGCACUAUCCAUAAAUGGAAUCCUGAAAGGUGAGCUGCUGAAUGGAGUUUGUACUGCAUUAUACAGGGAUGAGGAUCUUAAUCUGAGAUACUGCUACAAGGAUGAUGAGAUGUCAUUUAUACCCAGCAUCUCUUUACCAUCAAAUGCAUUAUCCUUGGCAUUCAAACGCCAUUUCAGUCCCUCAGACAAGUUGAGCUACUGGUACCACUUUGACUCUAGUCAGUGGAGUAUGGUGUACAAGCACACUGUUGGUAAAGACCUGAAGUUUAAAGCUGGUUAUGAUUCUGCGGUGCGACUUGGAUGGGCAUCUCUUUGGGUUGGAGAUGAAGAUGGCAAGACGAAGACAGCUCCGAUGAAGACGAAACUUCAGUUUAUGCUCCAUGUACCGCAGGAUGAUAUCGGCAAUUCUUUGUUGAUGUUUCGAGUUAAGAAAAGGUGGGACUUCUAGUUCUCCAUUAUAUUCUUUGCUCGAAGAGGAGGUAUGACGACAGGUAUCUGUCUUUUGUCUGUCAAACGUUUUGGCUACAACUUGCUACCAUAUUUUAGAUGUCAAUGAUCUUUUUCACCAAGAAUUCAGCUUGUUUUUCUA